CGGGCUCGGGAGAGCCGCGCAGCCGGAGCGCAGCGCGGCCGAGGGGGCCGCUGGGCCGCCAUGCCCGCCGAAGGGGAGCUGCUGAGCUCCGCCGCCGCCUGCCCGGAGCCCGGCGAGCAGCAGUACCUGCAGCAGGUGAGGUACAUCCUGCAGCACGGCCGCCGGCGGGAGGAUCGCACCGGCACCGGCACCAUCUCCGUGUUCGGCAUGCAGGCGCGGUACAGCCUGAGAGAUCAAUUUCCACUGCUCACAACGAAGAGGGUGUUCUGGAAGGGAGUGCUGGAGGAGCUGCUGUGGUUCAUCAAGGGUUCUACAAAUUCCAAAGAGCUCUCUGCAAAAGGUGUGAAGAUUUGGGAUGCUAAUGGGUCACGUGAGUUCCUGGAUAAGCAGGGUUUCAGCAGCAGAGAGGAGGGUGAUUUGGGACCAGUGUAUGGUUUCCAGUGGAGGCAUUUUGGAGCAGAAUACAAAGAUAUGCACACAGAUUACUCCAACCAAGGAGUUGAUCAGUUGGAAAAGGUGAUUGAAAUGAUCAAAACCAACCCAAAUGACAGAAGAAUCAUUAUGUCUGCUUGGAAUCCCAAAGAUCUUGCCCAGAUGGCUUUGCCUCCAUGCCAUGCCCUUUGCCAGUUCUAUGUUCUAGAGGGUGAAUUGUCUUGCCAACUCUAUCAGAGGUCUGGAGACAUGGGACUAGGAGUGCCUUUUAAUAUUGCCAGCUAUUCACUGCUCACGUACAUGAUUGCCCAUGUCACGGGGCUGAAGCCUGGAGAGUUCAUACACACCUUAGGGGAUGCUCACAUAUAUCUGAACCAUGUGGAACCUCUAAAAGUCCAACUUCAGAGGGAGCCAAGACCUUUCCCUAAACUCAGAAUUCUUCAUGAGGUUAAAGACAUCAGCGACUUUAAGGCAGAAGACUUUAAGAUUGAAGAUUAUAAUCCUCAUCCACCUAUUAAAAUGGAGAUGGCUGUCUAAUGGUAUAAACCAGCCUUUAAUAUUAA